AUGAAGAGUGGUGGAGUAACACGAUUAAAAUACCACCUUAGUGGUAUUGAUCCUUCACACAAUGUACAACCUUGUGGUCAAGUGCCUCCUGAAGUUAAAAAAUUCAUAAUAGAUAUGUUAAAAGGAAAACAACAACGUAAGAUCAAAAAAGCAAAUAGAAUGGAAGAGAUUUAUGCAGAUUUACGAGUACAACUGCAUGUUGAAACAUAUGAUGUGGAUGAUGAGGAUGAUGAUGACAUAGCAUAUCCACCUGGGAUGGAUCCAUAUGAGAAAAAUGAUUAUCGAGAGCCAAUUCUUGUUUCUAAACAAUCAAAGUGGGAAAGAAGUCAUCUCCACAAAGUUCGAUAUCAAGCUGAAGGAGGCGAAACUAGCAAUCGUGCUAAACCUGCAGUACAACGAACACAGAUAAAUAAAGCAUCAUCCCAUCAUUUCAAGAAUUUGGUAGCAGGAUGCCAACAAGCAGGGCCAGGUAUAGAACCUCCAACCCCUUAUGAGAUCAGCACAAAAUAUUUGGAUAUGGAGUAUGAGGAGAUAAAAGACCAUGUAAACAAAAUGAAAGAGAAGUGGGAAACCUAUGGUUAUACAAUCAUGUGUGAUGGAUGGACGGAUCCCACCAGGAUGUCUAUUAUUAAUUUCAUGGUUUACUCAAAAGGAAACACAGUUUUUCUAAAAUCUAUUGAUGCUUCAAAUCUCAUAAAGGAUCAUAAAUACAUAUAUGAGCAAUUGAAGAAAAUAAUUUUGGAAGUUGGGAAGAAAAAUGUGGUACAAAUUGUAACAGAUAAUGGCUCUGCAUUUGUUAAAGCUGGGAAGAAAGUGAUAGGAGAUUACAAUUUGUACUAG